GCGAUGCUCCCAUACGUGAGGCACUAGAUAACAGACCAGCGCUCAAUUCAGAUGAGAGCUCAGGCUGGCUGGUACACCCAGCCCAGCCGAGUGCGGCUUAUCUUUUCCGAUCUAAUCGCAACCAGUGCCGAAAGCAAUCUCUGACCAAUGACAGCAGCCGGGAUCCGGCACGAGGAAGCCAUGCGAUUGGCCGCACGGCGAGUGAGUCAAAGAAGGGCUUCUCCGAAUUGGAGAAAGUGGAGACGUCGGUUUCCCCAACCCAGGACAGAAUUUGCGCGUGCGGCAGUCUGCUUUGGCUUUUGCGCGGGCGGGUAUCGGCCGACACUCGUGCUGCCCUUGAUAUUCGAUCAAGUCAUCUGGCAUCGAAUAUCGGGACAGGGGAGUGCGAUAGGUUGGCAGCAUGAGGCCAGACACCCUGCAGCAACAGGCCACUUGUAUAGCGCCAUGAGUCUUCAAAUGGGAAAGGAAUGCGGAGGGAGGUGCCAACUCCGGAGGGCAGCUCAGGCCUCAUUAUCUGGCGCCCUCGGAGAACACCCCGAGGGGAGAUUUCUCCAAUUUGGUGUUGUGUGCUUUUCCUCCACAAAUCCACCGGCGUCAUCCUUUCUUAAAUAACUUCCACAUCCCUGCUCCCUCGUAAAGGUCUGGUGACGAGGGACGACGACAUAUGUGCUGACACACAUAAACCUAACCUGCUCCCCACAUGCACACGCUCAGAUACACCAGUGCA